ACCAGCUGCAGCAGCUGGACCUGGGCGUAAUGGGAGCAGUCUAUUAACGCAGCCCGUUUGCGCGUCCUUAUGCGUCUGACAUGAGCGCGGUCUGCGAGAGUUACUACUCCAGGGAAAAGGUGUUCGUGGACAGCUUCACGUGUCCGAAAGCGGGGGGCGAGUCCACUGCACUUUUCUGCUGCGGCUUCAGUGACUUGAAGUACUGCUGCGAUGACCCAAACAGCUUCUUCCCAUACGAAUAUGGAUACAUGUGGUGGCUGAGCCUUGGAGCUCUUGUGGGUCUCUCUGUUGCAGCUGUGGUCCUUCUCGCUUUUAUCAUCACUCUGUGUGUCCUCUGCUAUCUGUUUGUUACCACCAAACCCAGAGGUCUGGACAGUGGACUGCCUCUUCGAGCAACAGAUGUUACCAUCAGUCAACAAGGAGCUGAAACAAGCCACAGUGGUGCCCCUGCGGGUCCUCAAGGCCUCAGGAAACACUUUGUGAGAGGCAAGCUAGACUGUGACAACCAGCAACCAGACCCUGAUCGCCUUUUUCAGCGCUGUUUCAUGGCUACUGUCACAUCCAUCAAUGUGGAGAACCCUGCAUAGGGCAAACAUUAGUUUUGUUCAGCCAAUUAUUUUGGAUUUGUGGGGUUUUUUAACUUCUGCUCCUUCUAGGGGGAGCUGAGAUUUUCAUCGAAUAACAAAUUAUUAUUACCUACUUCAACAAAGCCAAACUGCAAGUGCAUAAACCUUUAUAUGGUUCCAGCUAAAGGAACUUAAAAUGCAGAUUCGAUUUUUGACGGGUAACCUUUAGCAUUUACAUUAUAAGCUUUAGUUAGUGACUAUUAAAUUCUUUGUGAAUACAUGUUCUAGAAUAUCUGGCAUGAUAGAAAACCCUGAAUCGAUUUUACUCAAUACAAUUAACAAAGAUAAUAAAAACCCAGGUUGAGAUUUUUCAAUGUUCACAGCUCAGUUUAUCCGCACUAAACAUGAUUCUAGACAGAUGGAAGGAGAGUUAAAACUAACAGCAGAAAAGUGAACCUUUGAUUUUUUGGGGACUAAAAAGUGCUGACAACAUAGAGUACAAUGUGUUUAUCUUCAUUUUGUGUAUGACUUACUUGAGUCUGUUCUAAUUUAUUUGUGCUUUUUAUUUGAAACAAAAGAAAUGCCAAUGAGAGCAGCAAUGGCUGUUUAUCACAUUCUAUCCUGUAGUUUUACGUACAUAUUAAGGUCUUUUCCUUGAGAAAUCCUUAUUCAAUUCACUGCCAGAAAUAUCUUAAAGCUGUCACCUUUCUUUCAGAUCUGAAUAGAUGCUAUAUCUCAAACCAUUAGCACAUUGUGCUCAUGUGCCAUUAUCAGCACUGCACAAAUUUUGCUUAACGCCCACAUUAACACCAUAUUCAUUUGAUGCAUGUAUUUUUAGCUCAAUUUUAAGAAUUCAGGGAUGGCAAUGAUGUUUGUCUGUAUAGCCCUGGUAACAAAACAGAGAAACCUUUGAAACCUGAAGAUGUCAUCUGGGGAUACAUUUCAUAGGGACCUACUAUGGGGAAAAUGGCUUUUCUGUGAUUGAGAACAUUUGGUAUUUGAAGUGCCUAAUCUCUUUAAAGUUCUAGAAAGCCCAUAAUAUAAUAGCACUUUAUUAGGGCACUUUAGGCUUCAAAAAUACACUCAAAAUUCAAGCGCACAGAUGACUUGUUGAGAAUUAAAUGGCAUAAAAUAACAUAUUUCAGACUGUAUUGUAAAGAACUCAAUUUAUGAUCAAAUAGGUAAAGGAGUUUGUAACAAGAUCCUCCCAUGUCAGAAGGGGGUGCCACCACCUCCACCUUGGAUAUAAGUGAUGAUCUUGUCGGGGUAUAGCCAUUUUAUCCUUUUCUGCAGUAUGUUGGCCUGCAGCUGUUGUAAUUGGUCAUCAAUAACACCAAGGUUGACCUAAUGGCAAUUUCUAUGCAUCCUCAUAUCAUGAUGCAAGGAUUAAUACAAUUGUAUCUUAUAACAAUACUGGCAGAAUUGAUUCUCUCUUCCAUUCACAUAUUGUCAUCUCUGGUGAUGUGGAACCAUGAUGUUCUGAGAUUCAUCUGUGAAAUACAGUGCUGUGAAAAAAUAUUUGUCCCUUUGCAGGUUUCUCUUAUGCUUGUUUUUUUCAAACUUCAAUGUUUCACAUCAUCAAACAAAUGUUAAUAUAAGAGAUAAAUUUGAUAAAUACAAAAAGUAGCUUUCAAAUUAUGCUUUCUUUUCUUAAGAGAAAUAAGGUAUCCAGAACAAUGUGGCCCUAUGUGAAAAAGUAAUUGCCCCCUAAAUAACUGGUUGUGCCUCAUUCCGUGAUAAUAACUGCCAUCAAGCAUAUGUGAUAAUUGGCAAUAAGACUUUUACAUCACUGUGGAAGAAAUGUGGACCACUCUUCUUUGCCGAAUUGUUUUAAUUCAGCAAAUAAUUACACAUUGUAUCUUCACUGCCCCAGCCAUUUCCCCAAGGAUAAUGACCAAAUAGGACAAAAAUAUUGUUAGAAAACAAAUUUAAUCAGGGCCCUCAAAACUAAACACAUUGCAGAUAAAAUGAGGAAUGAAGCACACAGAUUUGAACCUUUUAAGUGGAGUCGUAUCUGCUGGCUGUUUUUCCAGACUAGACCACUUUACCACGUGACCAUAAAUGGGACUGUUCUUUAAAGACAGAGCAGAGGUUGCCUGUGAUUGAACUCAAGAUAAGGGAAAUGUAAAUAUUAAAAGGUUAUUAUGGCUGCCAAAUAUUUAGCAGGUUUGUGUAAUGUAGUGUAAGCCUUCCAUCGUCGCUUUUGUUCAGAUAGCAAAACGUUUUUUUGUAUGUAAAUUUACAUUUGCAUUAUAUUUUCAGGUUGUUAAAUCAAUUCUAGAAAACUAAAGAAUGAUCUGCUGAAUAAAACCAACCUUCUGCAUGACCAUUUCUCAACGGUGUC